CUGUCCACCGAAGCAUUGUGGGAAGGAAAGUGGAGCUGACACGGCCGCUGAUGGCAGACUGCUCAAUUUAGCGGAUAUCCACGAGCAGCCAGCGGCGUCAGGAAGCACAGAGUCGGGGUAACGAUGCCUCUGCGCGGAGCCGCCGUCGACGGGCUGUGAAGCGGUGUCGCCGCUGCUGUCCUGCGCGCAGGCACCGCUCGGCGCUCGAGACCGGGGAACCCGUGUCAAUGGACCGCGGCGUUUUUAUUUUCCUUUCCAGGGAAGGCGAAUAGAGGAGCGACGGAUUACAUCCCCGCGGUGGUGGUGGUGUUGGAUGGGUGGGGGGCGACGGCGCUCCCGCAAUCCUUAAAAGUUCAAAGUUUCCUGAGAUUUUCCCGUCGAACACCCCGUCGAAGAUGUCGACCAGCAGCCCCGAGGCGGUGAAGAAACUGCUGGAGAACAUGCAGACGGACCUGCGAUCUCUCUCCAUGGAGUGCAAGAAGAAAUUCCCCCCAGUCAAAGAGGCGGCAGAGUCUGGCAUUGUGAAGAUUAAGACCAUUGCAGCCAGGAAUACAGAUAUACUGGCAGCGCUGAAGGAGAACAGCUCUGAGGUGGUGCAGCCUUUUCUCAUGGGCUGCGGCACCAAAGAGCCGAAGAUCACCCAGCUGUGCCUGGCGGCCAUCCAGAGGCUCAUGUCCCACGAGGUGGUGUCUGAGGCUGCAGCGGGGAACAUCAUCAACAUGCUGUGGCAGCUGAUGGAAAACGGUUUGGAGGAGCUGAAGCUGUUACAGACGGUCCUCGUCCUGCUAACCACAAACACAGUCGUUCACGAUGAAGUUCUUUCGAAGGCCAUUGUCUUGUGUUUCCGUCUCCACUUCACCAAGGACAACAUCACCAACAACACAGCGGCCGCCACCGUCAGGCAGGUCGUCACUGUGGUGUUUGAGAGGAUGGUGGCUGAGGAUGAGCGCUUUGAAGGCAUAGUGGAGCAGCCGCCUCCGGUUCAGGGAAACACCAACCGGCGGUCUGUCAGCACCCUGAGACCCAGUGCCAAGGACGCAUACAUGCUGUUCCAGGACUUGUGCCAGCUGGUGAACGCCGACGCCCCCUACUGGCUGGUGGGGAUGACUGAGAUGACCCGGACGUUUGGCCUGGAGCUGCUGGAGUCUGUUCUGAACGACUUCCCGGGUGUCUUCCUUCAGCACCAGGAGUUCAGCUUCCUCCUCAAAGAACGAGUGUGUCCCCUCGUCAUCAAGCUCUUCUCCCCCAACAUCAAGUUCCGGCAGGGCAGCAGCAGCGCCGCCUCGCCGGCCCCCGUGGAGAAACCUUACUUCCCCAUCUGCAUGAGGCUGCUGCGGGUGGUCUCAGUGCUCAUCAAACACUUCUACAGCUUACUGGUGACGGAGUGUGAGAUCUUUCUGUCGUUGCUGGUGAAGUUUCUGGAUGGCGAGAAGCCGCAGUGGCUCAGAGCAGUGGCAGUGGAAUCGGUCCACAGGCUGUGUGUGCAGCCUCAUUUAUUACGCUCGUUUUGUCAGUCCUACGACAUGAAGCAGCACUCCACUAAAGUGUUCAGAGACAUCGUCAAUGCCCUGGGCUCCUUCAUCCAGUCCCUCUUUAUUGUGCCCAAUGCGAGCAACGCGGCGGCCGUCAGCGCACCUGCUGGCGGCUCGGGUUCAGGGACGCAGGGCGCGGCGCAGGGCGGCCCCGGAGCAGGAGGGGUCAGCGGCGCCCUGACCACACAGGCUGCAUUUGAAUAUCGUGGCACCUGGAUCCCUCUCAUGACUGUCAGCGUUCAGGGCAGCGCCAAAGCAACCUAUUUAGAGAUGCUGGACAAGGUUGAGCCCCCCUCCAUCCCAGAGGGCUACGCCAUGUCUGUGGCCUUCAGUGCGCUGCUGGACCUGGUGAGGGGAAUCACCUCCAUGAUUGAGAGGGAGCUGGCGGCGGAGGAGGAGGCGGCUGCUCAGUUCAGGGAGGCUCACCCUGACCAGGAGUGGAAGCCACAAGCUGGAGCCCACCUGGUUUGGGAGGAGAUGGUGAGCGCCUGCUGGUGCGGCCUGCUGGCUGCUCUGUCUCUGCUGCUGGACGCCAGCACCGAUGAGACCGCCACUGAGAACAUCCUGAAAGCUGAGCUGACCAUGGCUUCGCUGUGCGGCCGCCUGGGCCUGGUGACGCCGCGUGACGCCUUCAUCACGGCGAUCUGCAAGGCCUCUCUGCCGCCGCACUACGCCCUCACAGUCCUCAGCAGCAACGCUGCGAACCUCUCCAGUAAAGUGUCACCCACCCAUCAAUCAUCGUACUCCAUCCAGGGCCAGAGUGUGCAGAUUAUCAGCCCCUCCAGCGAAUCGCACCAGCAGGUGGUCGCCGUGGGGCAGCCGCUCACCGCUCAGCCCCAGGGCACCGUGGUGCUGACUGCCAAGAACAUCCAGUGUAUGCGCACCCUGUUGAACCUGGCGCACUGCCACGGGGCCGUGCUGGGCACCUCCUGGCAGCUGGUCUUGGCUACACUCCAGCACCUGGUGUGGAUCCUGGGUCUAAAGCCUGGUGUGGGCGGUGCCCUGAAGCCGGGCCGAGCAGUGGAGGGACCCAGCACGGUGCUGACCACAGCAGUGAUGACAGACCUUCCCGUCAUCUCCAACAUCCUGUCCAGACUGUUCGAGAGCUCUCAGUACUUGGACGACGUUUCCUUACAUCACCUGAUCAAUGCCCUCUGUUCGCUGUCACUGGAGGCGAUGGAAAUGGCUUAUGGAAACAACAAGGAACCGUCUCUGUUUGCGGUCGCUAAGUUGCUGGAAACUGGCCUGGUCAACAUGGAUCGUAUCGAGAUCUUGUGGAGACCCCUCACUGGCCAUUUACUGGAGAAGGUCUGCCAGCACCCGAACUCCAGGAUGAGGGAGUGGGGGGCGGAGGCGCUGACAGCACUGAUCAAAGCUGGGCUCGCAUAUAAGCACGAUCCUCCUCUGGCUCAAAACCAGCGGCUGCAGCUCCUGCUGCUGAACCCCCUGAAGGAGUUGUCCAACGUGCUGCAGGCAGACAUUCGACAGAAACAGCUGGAGAGUGUCCUGCAGAUCCUGCAGAGCCAGGGAGACUGCCUGGGGCCCGGCUGGCCCCUCGUACUGGGUGUCAUUGGAGCCAUCCGCAAUGAUCAAGGUGAGUCGUUGAUCCGAACAGCCUUCCAGUGCCUGCAGUUGGUAGUGACAGACUUCCUGCCCACCAUGCCUUGCACGUGCCUCCAGAUCGUAGUGGAUGUGGCCGGCAGCUUCGGCCUGCAGAACCAGGAGCUUAACAUCAGCCUCACGUCCAUCGGUUUACUGUGGAAUAUUUCAGACUACUUCUUCCAAAGGGGGGAAGCGAUCACCCAGGAGCUGGAGAGGGAGGAGGAAGCCCUGCAGAAGCAGGCUCAGGAAAAAGGGGAGACCCUGAACAGGCCGUUCCACCCCGCCCCGCCCUUCGACUGCCUCUGGCUGUGCCUGUACGCCAAGCUGGGCGAGCUGUGCGUGGACCCGCGGCCCGCCGUGCGCAAAAGCGCCGGGCAGACGCUGUUCUCCACCAUCGCUGCCCAUGGCACCCUGCUGCAGCAGCCGACCUGGCAUAUCGUGGUCUGGAAGGUCCUGUUUCAGCUGCUGGACUGCGUCAGGACGUCCUCCACCACAGCGGACAAGGAGAAGAUCGAGUCGGGAGGCGGGAACAUCCUCAUUCACCACUCGCGUGACACCGCCGAGAAGCAGUGGGCCGAGACGUGGGUGCUGACGCUGGCGGGGGUGGCCCGCAUCUUCAACACCAGACGAUAUCUCCUCCAGCAACUCAGUGAUUUCUUCGAGGCCUGGGAGGUGCUGCUCAACCACAUUCAGUCUGCCGCCCUCAGCAAAAACAACGAGGUCUCGCUGGCCGCGCUCAAGAGCUUCCAGGAGAUCCUGCAGAUCGUCACGCCCGUUAAAGACUCGGAUAAAGCGGGCGACGCCCUUGCCGCCAUGGGCGUCCCCCCAGUGCUCAUAGACCCCCUCUCGGCCUCCGGGCCCGGCAGACCCCUGGUGCGUUCGGACUCGCUCGUGGAGCGCUUGACGCGGUACAACGGCGCCGAGAUGCAGGCCCCCCCGCCGGGCGAGGAGUCGGCCUUAGAGGACUCCGCCCUGUGGUGGUCGGCGUGGAACACGUGGUACCGAACGGGAACGGACAGCACGAGGCCCCCCAGCGGCCCCGCCGAGAAGUUCUCCUUCAUCCCCAGCCAGCCCUUCCUCACGGCGCUGAUCCAGAUCUUCCCGGCGCUCUACCAGCACAUCAAAGCCAACUUCAGCAUGGAGGACCUGAAGAAGCUCGGGGUCAUCCUCCACGGCGCCGUGUCCGUGCCUAUCAGCAGCGACGCCUCGCCCUUCAUCCUGCCCUCCUACACCGAGGCGGUCCUCACCAGCCUGCAGGAGGCGGUGCUCACCGCUCUGGAUGUUUUACAGAAGGCCAUCUGUGUGGGCCCCGAGAACCUGCAGGUCAUGUACCCGGCCAUCUUUGAACAGCUGCUGCUUUUUGUGGAGUUCUCCUGCAAGCCUCCCCAGUACGGCCGGAUGGAAACCAAACACGUGGCGAAUGCGAAAUACAACCAGAUCCAGCUGUUUGCACCGGCCGAAUGGGUUGCCUUAAACUAUGUGCCCUUUGCUGAGCGUUCCUUGGAGGUGGUGGUGGACCUGUACCAUAAAACGGCGUGCCACAAGGCGGUCAUCAAUGAGAAAGUUCUACAGAACAUCAUCAAGACCUUAAGGAUGCCUCUGGGUCUGAAGUACGCCUGUCCGUCGGAGAGCACCUGGAAGCUGGCCGUCUCCUCGCUGCUCAAGGUGCUGUCCAUCGGGCUGCCGGUGGCGCGCCAGCACGCCUCGUCCGGGAGGUUUGACACCAUGUGGCCGGAGCUGGCCAACGCCUUUGAAGACUUUCUUUUCACCAAAAGCGUCCCGCCAGACAACCUGUCGAUCCAGGAGUUCCAGAAGAACGAAGCCGUUGAUGUAGAGGUGGUCCAGUUGAUCAGCACCGAGAUUUUACCGUUUGCUAAUUUUAUCCCCAAAGACUUUGUGGGUCAGAUCAUGGCGAUGCUCAAUAAAGGCUCAAUUCACUCGCAGUCGCCCUCGUUCACAGAGGCGGAGAUCGACGUGCGGAUGAGGGAGGAGUUUUCCAAGGUGUGUUUUGAGACCCUGCUGCAGUUUUCCUUCAGCAACAAGGUGUCGACCCCGCAGGAGGGCUACAUCUCCCGCAUGGCGCUCUCCGUGCUCCUCAAGAGGUCCCAGGACGUCCUGCGGCGCUACGUGGACGACGAGAGGCUGAGCGGACGCUGCCCGCUGCCGAGGCAACAAGUGACGGAGAUUAUCUUUGUCCUGAAAGCUAUCAGCACUUUGAUGGAUUCACUUAAAAAGACGCAGCCCGAAAACGUGGACGGCAACACGUGGGCUCAGGUGAUCGCCCUGUACCCCACGCUGGUGGAGUGCAUCACGUGCUCCUCGUCGGAGGUGAGCGCGGCCCUGAAGGAGGCCCUGGGGCCCUUUAAAGACUUUAUGCAGCCACCCAUCUCCAAAGUCCAGAACGGGGAGUCCUGACCGGGGUCGCUCCUCCGCUCCUGGUUUUUAUAAUGAAGAAAUCUUGAAUGUGUCUUCUCGGGAAAAAAAAAAAAAAAACAAAAAAAAACCCCGCGCGCCUCACCAGCAGCACGGGCGUUGAACUCUUAACGUGAAGCAGAGUGCAGGCGAGCAGGGCCGGCGACUCCACACACACACCACCGUACGCUUCUCACGCCAGCCGAUUAGCGCAUUAGCCCCGCCCUCCAUCCUCAUCCAGACUGACUGCUGUUGCCUGUUAAACACAGAGAUUUCAAUAAAUUGCAGUGUUGCCUCCAGGUUUAGUUUGUUUCAUUGGACUGAAGAGGCUGCGUUGAAGUACAGUGUGUGGUGAAAGUGUUAAUGAUGUAAUGAACAAAAAACAAAAAGAAGCAAAAAAAAAAAAACAACAACAACUGGGGCUUUAUUGAUCUUAAAGAAUGAACACUUUGACUUUUGCAACAUUUUCAACAGUGAGGAUUUUAUGCAAGAAACAAAUCUUACUGUAACAUUCCAUGUCAUCUUUAGCCAGCCAUCUGAGAAGGGAUGUACGUGUCUGUAUAAAAUAAAUGGGACAAUUCUACAAUCA